AUGAACGGGGAGGUGGAUGAGGAGCUGCGACGUGGACUGCUGCCGCCAAAUGACGACCACGGUGAUGCACCGACGCGCUUGACUACACGCAGACGAAGAAAUGAAAAAUCGUCUUUGAAUGACGUGGACCGAAUCGUGCUGUCACCCUGGGAGAAGUGGACAACUCAUGGUCGCUUUCCGUUCAAGCUCGUGCUGCAUGUCGCACUGUUGCUGCUGACGUUUACUCAGAUGCAGCUGUUCGACGCGCAGAAUGCUGCCUACAUGCGUGCUUCGUACCUCAACUGGGCAUAUUUCUUCCUUCCUCCUGCUGCAGACAUCGGUGUCGUAUCUCGAUUCCAGCGAGACUUUUACACGAUCAACCGCACGAUGGCGGCGGUGCACUAUUUGCGCGAUUCCUACUUCUCCAUUGGCAAUGUCUCUGUGGCCAAUUACGAGUACCUCCACACCUAUUCGGGCAAUAUUCAGCCUAUUAAAGUGUUAGUGAGUCGUAUGCUACCUCACGGAGAGCUGGAAACACGGGAUUAUCUUGUCUCACAGAACGACGAGAGUGUAGGCCCCUUCGAUCCAAAAAUGACUAUAUGGCAGAAGAAGCACUUGUUUGGGUCACUGCGUGGCAUCAAAUUCUCAUUCCUACUACGAGAUCGUCAGUUUGGGAAUUUUUAUGAGGAGUGUUUUGAGUGGCACGUGAAUGUGGGCUUUGAAGUCGUCAGAGGCGCUCAAAUUCAUGUUCAGCUCGAAGAUAUCGAUGUGCUGCGCUGUGCCAGCGUGCAUCCGCGUUCGUUCUGGGCUGCAGCUAUGCAGAGCUUUGUUUGGAUGCAUGCGAUAGUCGCGGUGGUUUCGCUCUUGUACAUGGCGCUCAGUCUCAAGGCUCUACGGCAGUCAUUUUUUGUUAUGGUUCAAGCGCGAAGCACUCUGUCAAAACAUGCCGGAGACGAUCGACGAAUGAGUGAUAAAGAGCUGGGUGGUGCAGCGAUUAAUGAUAAUGACGACGGCAGAUCGCAGCUUUACGCGAAGACACGCUGCAAAUGCAAAAUAGCGUGGACGGAAAUUCCGUGUACACUGAGGCUCGAACUUUUUAACAACUUACAGUUGCUAGUUUUUACCUCGCUAGUGCUACUACUUGCAAGCACCAUGUGGAGCUUACUGAUUUUGGAAGCUCAUAUGCCAAUUCGAUUUUGGCAUCGGUUACUCCAUGCAACAGCACUGCUGCUACUUUGGAGUUGUCUCGUCGGGUACCUUGAGCACAAUCAGCACAUCUUUUCGAUUGUGUUGACGCUGAAGUGGGGAACGCCACGUGUGCUGCAAUUUUUACUGGGGGCAUCUCCAAUAUUCAUUGGGUAUGCUCUUUUCGGAACGAUGUACUUCGGAAACAGGAUCGAGAGCUUUGGCACGCUAAGCAAUUCGAUGAUUACUUUGUUUUCGCUGAUGAAUGGCGAUGUUAUCAUGGAUACGUUUGAUGCGAUGGAGAUCCAUCAUUUUAUUGUAUCAGGAAAAGUGUACCUGUACUCUUUUACGUCGCUAUUUAUGUACGUGGUCCUGAACAUAUUCAUUGCCAUCGUCGAAGAGGCUUUUUUCGCUACACAAUUAACUCGCCGCCGGCUCAGGGAUUAUCUUUCCGAUCAACGCAUGUCUCGGUCAACAUAG